CCACACCGCUAUUCUCCCCACCCCAAAAGCACCUGCCUUCUUGAUCCCUCCUCCCCAUGCCUCUUAGAGGGGGGUGGACUUUGGUCCAGAUCCUGACGUCACUUGGAGGGGGGGGCUGCCUCUGCCUUUACCUGCCAGCCCGCGCAGUUUCUGAGUCCAAAGGAAACCUCGUCGAAGGUUGUCACUUCUGCAGCAGCGCGUCUUCGCCCGUCGGGGCUUCUCCCUUUUGCCUGCCUGCUUGCCAGACCACCCACCACUCCCCUCCACUCCCGGUUCCCGCCAUCCCAUAAUCUGCCUUUGCCAUCGCCAUCCUCCUCUCGUCGUCGUCCUCCUCCUCUCCAUCACCAUGUCUAUGAUGCUGGAGACCGUCGGUUUUUUCCUGGCGACCAUCGGCUGCGGGAUGUUGGGGAUCACACUCUACAACAGCUACUGGAGGGUCUCCACCAUCUCCGGCAACGUCAUCACCACGUCCACCAUCUUCGAGAACCUGUGGCAGAGCUGCGCCACCGACUCCACGGGCGUCUACAACUGCUGGGAGUUCCAGUCGCUGCUGGAGCUGCCAGCUUACCUGCAGGCGUCCCGAGCCCUCAUGAUCAGUGCGUUGGUGCUGGGCUUCUUGGGGAUCCUGUGCGGCAUGUUGGGUCUGCAGUGCACCAAGGUGGCAGAGGGGAACCCCAAUGUCAAGGCAAAGAUGGCGGCUUUCGCGGGCUGCAUGUUCAUCUUGGCUGGUAUCUGCGGGAUGGUGACCAUCUCCUGGUACGCCUUCAAUAUUACCCGGGAUUUCUUUAACCCCCUCUUUGUCGGCACAAAGUAUGAAAUUGGACCUGCCCUCUACCUGGGCUGGAGCGCCUCACUGCUUGUGAUAAUUGGAGGAGGAUGCCUGUUCAGUUCGUGUAAGACCCAUUUGUCCCAGGACAAGAGCUACACUUAUCCAUACAAGUCAGCCCCUGCCAACACAGCCCCUCGCCCCCGCAGGGAGUCUAACGCCAGCAGCAACGGGAAGUAUGGCAAGAACGCUUACGUCUGAGCUUUGCAGUGGGGUGUGGCCACCUCUCUCCGUUUGCAUUUUUCCAAGAGAGACGUUUUCAGAUGCUUUCCUGGUUGCACAGGAACCCAAAGGCUU